GAACCCAAGUUCAAGCACCAGUUCCUUUCUUGAGCACUUCCCAUAUUUGUAGAGAAUCACUAAGGAUCCUCCUAAACCAUCCUUCUCAUUUCCACUUUGUCUCAGUCUUUCUCUUCUCUCCAUACCCAGCCUCACUCUUUCUCUCUUAUCACCUCAAACACCACUUCUCAAACAAAAACUCAUCUCUCCAUGGAUUCAUUACCAACACACUGGUAAUGAAUGGGGUCUCUCUCCCUGAAACUUUCUUCCUCAUGCUUUCAAACUCCACUCUCUCCUUUAUCAUGUGUUUCCCUCUCUACAUCACUUUCUCUCUCCUGGCCAAGGCUGCUGUUUCCCAAGCAGUCAAAGAUAGCUAUGAUGGCAUCAAACCAAGCAUAGAAAGCACACUCCAUGACAUAAGAGGAGGUUUGAUAUGGGCAAAGAUGAUUCAUACCUGUGUUUGGGAAAAAAUUAUCACAGUUGGGUUUCAUUUCUUUUUUCUUAUACUCCUUAAACUGGUUUUCAAUGCAUUUUUUUCAUUGCAUUUGGGUCAAAAAAUGUGGGUCUUUUGGGCUGUUUUAGGAGUGGUUUGUGUUUUUUAUUGCAUUGGGCUUGCAAAUAUUAUUAUUGUAUGUAAUUUGGCUGGGAUUUUGCCUGUUUUGGAGGCAGAUUCCUAUGGCUUUGAAGCCAUGAUCAGGGCCAACAAUCUUAUAAGAGAGAGAAGGCAAACAGCUUUGAUAAUGGCACUGAUAACUAAACUGAACUUGGGUUUUAUAGAGUGUCUAUUUGAGCAUAAAAUGUCAAGGAGUUUAGGGCUAUGGGAGGUUCCUAUGCUGGUUUCUAUGUAUUCUUUGGUGCUUGUUAUGGAGAACAUAAUGACUGCUGUUUUUCACAGAAUGUGUAGAGUUUGGGAUAUGGCAUUUGAAUUGAAUGAUAUUGUAUAGAGAGAGAAAUAGAGGCUCUUCA